UCUCCUUCCUGCAGGUCACGAUUCGCUGCUGCAGCUCGGCAGAAAUGGCGGACAUGGACGAAUUGUUCGGGAGCGACGGGGACAGCGACAAUGAUCAGCGAGAGUCCGGCUCUGGUUCCGGUUCAGACUCGGAGCAGGAGAGACCUCGAUCUGCCAGCAACGCCUCAGGCAGUGGCAGCGACAGUGAGAGGGAACGGGAUGACGACGAUGAUGAAGAGGACGGCCAGGAGGCUGGAAAACCCAGUAUGAAUAAGGAGCUGUUUGGAGACGACAGCGAGGACGAGCAACACAGCCAACGCAGCGGCAGCGACAACCAGUCCGACCGGUCGGGGAAUCAGUCGGAAGCCAGCAUGCACUCCGACCAGGGGGACAACGAUCACUCUGACGCAGAGCAGCACAGCGGCUCGGAGCGUGGCCAUCGAGAUGAGGACGAGGACGACGAGGACGGGGUCCACCGCUCAGAUGGAGGGAGCCCCGCCGGCAGCGGGAUGUCUGGAGCAGGGAGCCCUCGCUCUGAGAGAGGCAGUGUCCGUUCAGACAGAAGUGUGCACAGUGAUCCUGGGACUCCACAGUCGGGGCCGGCUACUCCUCACACUGACGGAGAAGCUUCUGGCCGGGAGAACCAGUCGGACGAUGAGAAGUGGGGAGGAGGCGCUAAGAGCGACCAGUCAGAGGAUGAGGAGGAGAAACGUCAUUACUCUGAUGAAGAAAGAGAGAACUCUGAUGACGAGGGGCCGAGGAACAGGAAGUCAGAGUCGGCAAAGGGCAGUGAUAGUGAAGAUGAUUUCAUCAGACAGAAAACCAAAGCAAAAGCUGCGUCUGAUUCAGACUCAGACAGUGAUAUUGGAACAAAGAAAACAAAGAAAACUGCAGCAGACGACCUGUUUGGAGAGGCUGACGACAUCUCUUCAGACAGCGAUGCAGAGAAGCCUCUGACCCCGGGACAGCCCCUGGAUACGGAGGAUGGGAUGGAGGGGGAGCAGGCAGAGGAAGAGCCUGCGCCUGAAACUCGGAUUGAAGUAGAGAUCCCAAAAGUCAGCACCGACCUGGGCUCUGACCUUUACUUUGUCAAGCUGCCAAACUUCUUGUCUGUGGAGCCCAGACCCUUUGAUCCUCAGUACUAUGAGGAUGAAUUUGAGGACGAAGAAAUGCUGGAUGAAGAGGGACGGACCAGGCUCAAACUGAAGGUGGAGAAUACAAUUCGGUGGAGAGUCAAGAGAGACGAGGAGGGAAAUGAAACGCGAGAGAGCAACGCGCGCAUCGUCAAGUGGUCUGAUGGCAGCAUGUCCCUCCACCUGGGGAACGAAGUGUUUGACGUUUACAAAGCUCCUCUGCAGGGAGACCACAACCACCUGUUCAUCCGACAGGGCACUGGACUGCAGGGACAGGCUGUGUUCAAAACCAAACUUACAUUCAGGCCCCACUCCACAGACAGCGCCACCCACAGGAAGAUGACUCUGUCUCUGGCUGACCGCUGCUCCAAGACACAGAAGAUCAGAAUCCUUCCGAUGGCUGGGCGGGAUCCCGAGUCGCAUCGCAACGAAAUGAUAAAGAAAGAGGAGGAGCGGCUGCGAGCUUCUAUCCGCAGAGAGUCCCAGCAGAGGAGGAUGAGGGAGAAGCAGCACCAGAGGGGCCUGAGCAGCAGCUACCUGGAGCCCGACCGCUAUGACGAUGAGGAGGAGGGCGAGGAGGCAAUCAGCCUGGCAGCCAUCAAGAGCAAAUACAAGGGAGGAGGAGGCCUGAGAGAGGAGCGAGCGAGGAUCUACUCAUCAGAUAGUGAUGAAGGCUCUGAUGAGGAUAAAGCCCAGAGGCUGAUGAAGGCCAAGAAGCUAGACAGUGAUGAGGAGGGUGAGGGAUCAGGCAAGAGAAAGGCAGAGGACGACGAGGAAAUGGCCACCAAGAAGGCCAAGAAAUAUGUCAUCAGCGACGAAGAGGAGGAGGAGGAGGAGGAGGAAGAGGAGGAGGAGGAGGAUGAUGAAUAAUUCACUUCUUUUUUUUUAAAAAUCAUACCACUGUACUACCAGUGCUCAGCCUACAUGGCAUAUAAACAGCCAUAUUUGGUUUUGUAUAUUUUCUUAAGACCUGUGUGUGGGUGAGUGUGUUCGCGUGUCUGAUUGUGUGUUUGCUUGUUUAUGUUGUGUAUAGCAGAGGUGAGAAAUAAAGAAAUGUUUUGUCUUAUGUAACCGAAGCUUCCCGAGCCCCUUUAUCUUUUUUAACAGUGUGAUUCAUGCAUAUGAAUCACACUGUUGUGAGGUUAUGAAACACGCUGCUCUGUCCAUUUUCCAAACAUAAGGGAAGUUAAUUGGAUGUGUGCUGUGGCUUGAUUAAAGAUUAAAUUAGG